AGAAAAGAAAGCUCCGUCAUGACGGCGGAAACGUUGAAACCGUUCCUCAAUCUACCGAACGCCACGGCCGGCGAUCUGAAGGCGCACUGUGCGCAAAAGUCCACCGUUAAGCGAGGAUUAGUUGCAUUGGGAUGCAUUCUAGCGGUGGCACUGUGCUGUGCACUCAUCGGCGUGCAGAUCUGGCAUUUGAACAAGACGGCCAUACUGCAACAGGAAGUCGAUGACCUGAAGCUGCAACUGUACUUACGUUCCCGUGAAUUCACCGAUUACGAGUUCGACAACGAGCUGUUCGACAAUCCGGAUGAGUACGUGUACGAACCGGAGGACCUGGAUCCGGAUAUGUCCGACGAUGGCCACCACGAACAGGAAACGAACGAAAGCGGCCUAUCCAGCAGCGGUAUGCAGGGCGAAGACGACGAUCUGGAAGAUAGCGAGGAAAAGGAAAACCUUGGCAUCGAGGACCUAAGGGAAACGAAUGACGAUGACGAAGAUAUUAUCGUGGACGAUCGGAUGGACAUCAGUGUGGCCGGUGGUAAGCGGCGGGCCCGAUCCAUUUCCGGUGUUACGCGGCAGGGUGUACCGAUUGUCGAUGAGCCGUACGUACCGAGGCGGAACCGUACCCGGCAUCCGCACCGGAUCUUUGAGCAACUGCGUCAACGGCCGGUAGAGCAAGUCACACCACCGACCUCGGCUGAGAUGUUCCGGUGGGAUGUGGAUAACCGCAAAACUCACACAGCCUCCCGUCAUCAGUCGUACGGUUCUAUCAGCAUCAGACCGUACCAGCAUGAGGCGCACAACCAUCGAGAACAUCACAGCACAACCACACCGAUGCCUGUGGCGUACGGUUCACAUGCGGGCGUAAGACAUCACUCACGCAACGAGCUCCACGCCGGAAAUCCCACUAAACCACCGGCACAAAUACUGAACCGACUGAGCCGCGUCCAGGCAACUGGCGAAAGCAUGCGAAAACAACUCCAGCAAACGCAACGAUUCCCCAAGGUGGUUGGCAAUCCUGGAACGCAGAAGGAAAUCGUAAUGGCACCGGAAUCACGCGUUCGUUUGCGUCAGCGUAAAGGCGGUGCUGUACAACCGGUCGAACCCGUGGCCAAAGGUGUGCACCUGGUGGAGCUAAGCGAUACGGCCCCUAUCCACAGCGACUCCCGCUACCAGGAAUGGAGUGCCAACGACAACGCGAGUAAGCAGGCCAUCCAGUCGUCAUCAUUCUCCUUCGACGGUGAGCAGCUUACCAUUAACGAGCCCGGUCUGUACUACGUUUAUGCGCAGAUAACGUACAGCAACGAGUUCGAUGCAAAUGGCUACAAGGUGCUGAUCAACGGUCGGAAGCAUCUUUCCUGCACCGUCAGCACCGCACAGGGUGAAAACACCAACACCUGCUUUACGGCGGGCAUUGCCGAAAUAGCGAACGCCGGCACCAGAAUCGCGAUACAGGACGUUGACCAUGGCCGGCAGCACGUCAUGUAUCCGGAAAAGACGUUCUUUGGUGCGUUUAAAAUUGGCCGACUAGCAGCACCGACCGUCACUCAUCGUAGGGCUCGCAAGGUGGCUUAA